AUGUCGUCAUCUUCCAUAGCUACCCACAAGAUCUUUUCACGAACAACAAGCAUCAUGGCCAACACCUUUUCCAAUGUCGAGCCUCGGAUCGUCAAGAUUCGCAGAGUACAGGUCACGCACGCCAAAUGCGUUAACAACAAAGGCAGCGGCCCAGCUUACAAACUCGUCACGGGCACGCCGGUCCCAGCAGUACUACAGACCUGCUACCAAGCCCGUUACAAACACAACUUGUACCAACAAGUCUUUUCCGAGUUGGACACUGUCAGAUCUGGCGAAGAGCGCCAAUAUGUCUGGAUGAACUUGGAUAUCGACACGGUCGACGCGGGCUUUCUCACCGGGCUCACUCUAUUCCAUUUUCAGGAUGUGGCACGAUCGAUCCGGCGCCUCAAGGUUGAGAUCGAUUGGAUCUCGUGUGCAUGUGGCGCGAGAGCUGCCCUCCACGCAUGUUUUGUCAACUUGCAGGAGCUUGAGAUCACCGUUUCGGACGAAACGUUUCUUGACCGGCAGUCUACAACCAGAGAGCAAUUAUGCAGCGGCUAUAUGCCACGCUCUCUGAAGAAACUUGUUGUACAUACGACUGCGGACGGCUUGACGAGCCAAUGGGAUGAGUCCACGGUCCAGCGCAGGUCUCUGAGGGAAGAUAUGGGCCCUUCCAUGUUAGGGUUCGCUCCUCCCGCCUUCACUUCACUUCUCCUUCCCUCCCAUUCACUCCAAGCUAGAGAUCCUAGAGCAACGCGGCGCUCAACCAACACCGCUUCGCAAGACUCUGAAAGCACGACAGAAAGCGCAACACAUCACGACGUCCUAGGCCUGGCGUGGGCCGUUAGCGGCAGCACCUUCCUCACGUCCGUCGGCAUCAUCUUCUGCGACAGGCGCGACUCCUCUUUCUUUCCGAGCUUGUCUCUGCCGACUCUCGCAACUUUUGCGACAGUAACCGAUCCGCGGCUGGCAGACACUCGCCCACUUGAAGACAUUAUCCCGUCCCGCGCGGUGGACUGUCACACCACUCCUCUCCCUAGACCGGUACAAAGAGACGAGACACUUCCUCCAGUGCGAAUCGGUAGCAAGCUUUUGCUGUCUGACCCUUUCGUCUGGCCGUUCUUGUUGCUCGUCCAGUCAGCCACAGCAGCGAGCAAGAUGGCUGCCACCAGUUUCCAUCGGUUCAUGUACCUACCGUUCGAGCUCCGGGCUCUGGUGUGGGAGCUAACUGCCGAACCCCGUACCGUCGACGUUGGUUUGUUGAUUAAAGAAACUACACGAACCUACUACCAAGCACAUAAUGAGAGAGUGCAAGAGAGUAACGUGAGUUCCUUUACACCGAUCCCAGCAAUCGUGCAAGUCUGUCGCGAAGCUCGUCAGCUGGGGGUUUAUCGACAGCUCUUCUCCGAGUUGGAAGACAUACGAGACGGCGGUGAGCGGCGCUAUGUUUGGCUUAACCUGGAGCUUGACAUUGUCGACAUUGGGGAGGCUUGUUUGGAGGAUUUCAUCCCUGUUGCAGCCUCGAUCAAACGACUCAAGUUCAAGGGGGAUACAGUUAGCACUGAUGAUGCCAUCUUUCUUGAACAGUGUGUCAACUUGAAAGAGCUGCAUAUAGUCAGCUCUGAGGACGCACUGUGCAAUUUGUAUUGGGUCUUCAAGAGAUCCCCUCCACAUUGCGGGUUGGAAAACAUCUUCAUGGUUGACUCUCAGCUAGGUCUGGUACCUCUAAUCACUAAAUUUGCUUCCAAAACUGAGAGGCUAGUAUCAAGGUUAGAGGACCUUGAGAGGCGGUUGGAGAAUGCCCGAAGAGAGCUCGCACCAUCUGAUGAGGAGGAGGAGCCAUUUGAUGAGGAGGAGGAGCCAUUUGAUGAGGAGGAGGAGCCAUUUGAUGAGGAGGAGGAGCCACUUCCGCUUCCGUAA